AUGGCUGAAGCAGCAGGGAAAUCUUCACUACACCGAGUGAAAAAUGGAAAUGAAAAUGUGCCGAUAUUACUUCAGACGACCAGCUAUACGCCACCGGACCUCUCCUCAACUCCGGACCUUAGAAGUGUCUUGGUCACUAGUGUUUUAAAUCUAGAAAAACUGGAUACGGACCUUUACAGAGGAAAGCAUCACUGGGUUCCUCGCAGCCAGCGACUCUUUGGGGGGCAGAUUAUAGGACAGGCACUGGUUGCUGCGGCAAAGUCAGUCGGUGAAAAUGUCUUUGCUCACUCGUUGCACUGUUAUUUUGUACGAGCAGGAGAUCCUAAAGUUCCAGUGCUAUACCAGGUGGAGCGAACCCGGGACGGACGUAGUUUCUUUGUGCGAUCAGUGAAGGCUAUUCAGCACGGCCAGCCUAUACUAAUCUGCCAGGCAUCAUUUCACAUGCAGCAGCCAAGCCCCUUGGAGCACCACUUUAACAUGCCCACUGUGCCAUCACCUGACACACUGCUGACAGUAGAGGAACUUAUUCAGCAGUAUCUUAGUGAUCCAGACCUGGCAGACAGUACCAAACAGGGACUGAAUAAAAUACUAGCUGAUGAAGUUCCCAUUGAGAUCAAACCAGUCAACCCACCCGACUUUUACCAAAAAGUUGCUAUGGAACCAAAGAAACUCUUCUGGGUCCGAGCAAGGGGACACAUAGGAGAAGGAAAUAUGAAACUGCACUGCUGUGUUGCUGCUUACGUAUCAGACUUCUCCUUUUUGGGCACUGCAUUGCUGCCUUACCCAAACUACAGAGCACAGUUUUUAGCCUCCCUGGAUCAUGCAAUGUGGUUUCACAGCACCUUCCGUGCAGAUGAGUGGAUGCUCUAUGAAUGUGAGAGUCCCUGGGCAGGAGGGAGCAGGGGCUUGGUACAAGGCCGCUUAUGGAGACAGGAUGGGGUCCUAGCAGCUUCUUGUGCACAAGAAGGAGUGAUAAGAGUUAAAGAUUUGACUGAGAGUAAAUUGUAGUUUGGAAAAUUCAGCUUUACAUGGACGGGCAUUAAUAAUUCACUGAAGCCCAGGACAACACUGGUGGACAAAUACGGGAUAAAAGAUGGUUAUACAUGUAAUGGUGUAGGCAUUGCACUAAUGAAUGACACGUAGUAAAUGGUAAUUGUAUUCAUAUGAUCCAGAUGUUUAAGGCUUACUUUCAGAUAUGAUAUUAUGAGUUUGAUUGCUUACCUUUAAAUUA